AACUGCUUCCGGUAGUUUUUUAUUAUCAAUGAUUUUGUUAUUUGCCUGAGCUCAAAACACUACCCGGGUGUUUGUCUUUUUCUGUUGUCAAGAUGUCGUACAACUACGUGGUGACCGCGCAGAAGCCCACGGCGGUGAACGCCUGCAUCACAGGUCACUUCACGUCUGCCGAGGACCUCAAUCUGCUUAUUGCCAAAAACACACGUUUGGAGAUCUAUGUUGUCACGGCAGAGGGACUAAGACCUGUCAAGGAAGUCGGCAUGUAUGGAAGAAUUGCCGUGAUGGAGCUUUUCAGGCCCAAGGGUGAGAGCAAAGACCUGCUGUUCAUUCUCACAUCCAAGUACAAUGCCUGCAUCCUGGAAUACAAACAGAACGGCGACAGUAUCGACAUCAUAACCCGUGCCCACGGCAAUGUCCAGGAUCGCAUUGGACGUCCAUCGGAGACUGGAAUUAUCGGGAUUGUGGACCCAGAGUGCCGCAUGAUUGGUCUGAGGCUGUAUGAUGGCCUGUUCAAGGUGAUCCCAUUGGACCGCGAUAACCGUGAGCUCAAGGCUUUCAACAUUCGCUUGGAGGAGCUGCAGGUCAUUGAUGUUCACUUCCUGUAUGGCUGCCAGGCCCCAACGGUCUGCUUCAUCUAUCAGGACCCCCAGGGACGGCAUGUAAAGACCUACGAGGUUUCUCUGAGGGAGAAGGAGUUCAACAAGGGCCCUUGGAAGCAGGAAAAUGUGGAGGCUGAGGCAUCUAUGGUCAUCCCAGUGCCGGAGCCAUUUGGUGGGGCUAUAAUCAUUGGACAAGAGUCCAUCACCUACCACAACGGAGACAAGUACCUGGCCAUUGCACCGCCCACUAUUAAGCAAAGUACCAUUGUCUGCCACAAUCGAGUGGACCCCAAUGGCUCACGCUACCUGCUGGGAGACAUGGAGGGCCGCCUGUUCAUGCUGCUGCUGGAGAAAGAGGAGCUAAUGGACGGCACCGUGGCGCUCAAAGACCUGCAUGUGGAGCUGCUCGGAGAGACAUCAAUCGCUGAGUGUCUGACAUACUUGGACAACGGCGUGGUAUUUGUUGGCUCCAGACUCGGCGACUCGCAGCUUGUGAAGCUCAACGUGGACAGCAACGAACAGGGCUCAUUUGUGACUGUAAUGGAAACGUUCACCAAUCUGGGGCCUAUUGUGGACAUGUGUGUGGUGGACCUGGAGCGGCAAGGCCAGGGCCAGCUGGUGACAUGUUCGGGUGCAUUCAAAGAGGGCUCUCUUCGGAUUAUCCGCAACGGCAUUGGGAUUCAUGAGCAUGCUAGCAUUGACCUGCCGGGAAUCAAAGGUUUGUGGCCUCUCCGCUCUGAAGCAGGCAGGGAGACUGACGAUAUGCUUGUGCUGUCUUUUGUGGGCCAAACGAGAGUAUUGAUGCUGAGUGGAGAAGAGGUUGAGGAAACUGAACUGCCAGGCUUCGUAGACAAUCAGCAAACAUUUUACUGUGGCAAUGUGGCGCACCAACAACUCAUUCAGAUCACGUCGGGCUCCGUGCGCCUGGUGCUUCAGGAGAGCAAGGCCCUGGUGAGUGAAUGGAAGGAGCCACAGGGCAGGAACAUCAGCGUGGCGGCCUGCAACCACACACAGGUGGUGCUUGCUGUCGGCAGGGCCCUCUACUACCUGCAGAUCCUGGCCGGAGAACUCAAACAGAUCAGCACCACAGAGAUGGAACACGAGGUGGCCUGUCUGGACAUCACACCACUUGGGGAAGGCGGGAAUGAGUCACCGCUCUGCGCAGUGGGAUUGUGGACGGACAUCUCGGCCCGUGUGCUGAAACUGCCCUGCUUCACGGCACUACACAAGGAAAUGCUGGGGGGAGAGAUCAUCCCUCGCUCCAUCCUAAUGACCACCUUUGAAGGCAGCUACUACCUGCUGUGCGCUUUGGGAGAUGGAGCCCUCUUUUACUUUGGUCUAGAUCUGCAGACUGGUGCUCUCAGCGAGCGUAAAAAGGUCACCCUGGGCACGCAGCCCACUGUACUGAGGACCUUCAGAUCCCUCUCUACUUCCAACGUGUUCGCCUGCUCUGACCGGCCCACUGUCAUCUACUCCUCCAACCACAAACUGGUGUUUUCCAACGUCAACCUCAAGGAGGUCAAUUAUAUGUGUCCGCUCAACUCUGAAGGAUACCCUGACAGUCUGGCUCUAGCCAACAACAGCACUCUGACCAUCGGUACCAUUGAUGAGAUUCAGAAGCUCCACAUUCGCACCGUUCCCCUCUACGAGUCUCCCAGGCGGAUCUGUUACCAGGAGGUUUCCCAGUGUUUUGGGGUUCUGUCCAGCAGGGUGGAGAUCCAGGAUGCGAGUGGCACCACGUCUGCCGUACGGCCCAGUGCAAGCACUCAGGCACUCUCCAGCAGCGUGAGCUCCAGCAAGCUCUUCCCCAGCAGCACGUCUCCACAUGAGACCUCCUUUGGUGAGGAGGUGGAGGUUCACAGCCUUCUAGUUGUGGAUCAGCACACAUUUGAAGUUCUUCAUGCCCAUCAGUUCCUCCCCAGCGAGUACGCCCUCAGCUUGGUGUCAUGUCGUCUGGGAAAAGACCCAUCUGUGUAUUUCAUCGUGGGCACGGCCAUGGUGUACCCAGAGGAGGCGGAGCCUAAGCAAGGACGCAUUAUAGUCUUCCAUUACACUGACAGUAAGCUGCAAACCGUGGCUGAAAAAGAGGUGAAAGGAGCCGUCUACUCUAUGGUGGAAUUCAAUGGCAAGCUGCUGGCCAGCAUAAAUAGCACAGUCCGGUUGUACGAGUGGACAGCGGAGAAGGAGCUGAGGACCGAAUGUAACCACUACAACAAUAUCAUGGCCCUUUACCUGAAGACCAAAGGAGAUUUCAUCCUGGUGGGAGACCUGAUGAGGUCUGUCCUGCUGCUGGCGUACAAACCCAUGGAGGGCAACUUCGAAGAGAUUGCUCGGGAUUUCAACCCUAACUGGAUGAGUGCAGUGGAAAUUUUGGAUGACGACAACUUCCUGGGGGCGGAGAACGCCUUCAACCUGUUCGUCUGCCAAAAGGACAGUGCGGCCACCACUGACGAGGAGCGGCAGCAUCUGCAGGAGGUGGGGGUCUUUCACCUUGGCGAGUUCGUAAAUGUCUUUUGCCACGGCUCGCUGGUGCUGCAGAACCUCGGGGAGAGCUCCACACCUACCCAGGGUUCGGUGCUCUUCGGCACUGUCAACGGCAUGAUUGGUCUGGUGACGUCCCUGUCCGAGGGCUGGUACAGCCUCCUGCUGGACCUGCAGAACCGUCUUAACAAGGUCAUCAAGAGUGUGGGCAAGAUCGAGCACAGCUUCUGGAGGUCCUUCCACACGGAGCGUAAGACGGAGCAGGCCACAGGAUUUAUUGACGGCGACCUGAUUGAAAGUUUCCUGGAUCUGGGCCGGGCAAAGAUGCAGGAGGUUGUCAGCACUCUGCAGAUCGAUGAUGGCAGCGGCAUGAAACGUGAAGCCACGGUGGAUGAGGUGAUUAAGAUUGUAGAGGAGCUGACGAGAAUCCACUAGUCCAGCUCGCCAGUCAGACCCCUGCUACGUGAGAGGGCGACAUGAUCUACAAAACCACGAGGAACAGAAUGGUUUGGGCUUUCCAGAUGUGUAAAUAAUUAUAAAUAAACAGUGUGUGCAUGUUUGUCCUUCAGACCUAAAGAUGCAACACGAGUGUACCACUCUUCAUUUAGACGAGCGUCUCUAGGUGAAGUGUGUAUCAACCUGCUUGGACAAAAAAAGAGCGAUUUCAAAGACCUUGGUCUGAGUGUGUUUGAGUGCGCGUGUCACAUGUGUGAUUGUGUGGGGAUAAUGUGCGACUAUGAAAAGGAAAAACCUGAAGAUUUUCCACACCAAAACUAUUCUCUGGGAUAUUUGUGACAAUUACAGGCCGGUUGAAGGUUAGCCCAUCCUCUGCACCUCAAAGUUUAAAUCUGACUGAUUUAUACUUUCAAGUUUAUUAUUAUUGAAGUCUGGAGUAAAAAUGCUGUAAGAGAAACAAAAUGAGGAAAAUUAUAGAUUUAUAGCCAUUUUGUCUUUGUGAUGUUUUUCUUUUUUUUGUUUGUUCUAAUAAAAUUUGCUUUAGUAUUGUUGA